UAGAAGCUGCUUUAGUUAGUGUUAAGUCACUCUUUUUACAUUCGAAUAGGUGAUACAUUCCAAUUUGUUCACCACAUUUUAUACAUUUACAGUUUUUGUUUGCUGCACAGUGGUAAUCUUUAUUUUCACAUAACAAAUGAUGAAAACCAUGGCAAGCAUACCUCGUAAAAAGGUGCCGAUCUUUAAAGUUAGUCUCUUUCCAUUUAUUUUCAGUCAUUGCAGGAGUGUUGUAAAAUUGUGGGUCGAUUUCUGCAUUUGUAACAUUUUUUACAUUUUCGGUUGGUAGCGCCAGCCGGUUAACAACACAGUAUGUGACCCGGGUCACUUAUUCAUCAAUUUCAGCUGGAAAAUCAAGCCUGUGCGACUUCUAGACCUAAAUCACUGACGGAGAAGUGCACCGGCCUUCAAAAUUUCUGUAAGCCAAAAUUUUUCGCACCCUGGAUUCGGGCCAGGGUGCAUGCAAAAUUAUCCAGCAUGGGGCCAAGGCUAUGGGGUCCAGGUAACUCCGAGGACCAUGGAGGGGCCGCCUCAUAGCCUCAACGGAGCGCACCCUGACCUGCAUGCGUCCUGCAGACAUGAAAUUCACAUUCUCCGGCAAAAAUUAAAUGAGGCUUUGGCGAAAUUAGGGCAAAAAGAGGACGUCGGUUAUCAAGUACAAAACCGGUUCUCAACACAGAACGAACCGGUUCCAUGCGAAAACACCGACAAAUAUCCACUGCUGCCAACUACUUUGCCACUGCUGCCACCUAAAUUACCACUGCUGCCAACUGGAAUAUCACCUGAAAUUCCACCCCUCACAACUCAGGGCGACACACCCCCUAACCAGCGCCGCCAGCGGCCGAUCCCUCAAACUCCAACUCAAACGCAAGUACUGGGUAAUAGCCCGCCAACGACACAACUCCCUCCUGCACCCCCCACUCAAGCUCAACCAAGGCAUCGUACUCUGAGCCAGUUUGAAAAGCAAUACAGAACGACUUGUCGAAGACUUGCUCGAAACAGAAGGUCGGGUUACAUUCCAUUAGACUUGAGGGAUUCAAAGUGUGAAAUUGUUCAGAUUGAAGGUGAUAUUCUGAAAUCCAACGUUCAAUUCAAGGCUCACGCAGUUUCGGCGGAACUCAAAUGUGGUCGCGGGCUUGCAGCAGAAGUUGUGAAAUCUGUUGGUCGCCCCGCUCUGAAAGGCAAACGGGCGCAAAUUGGAGAUGUGCUGCCAGUUGAAAGUCGAAACGGGUCAACAUGGCUUUUUCUUGUCACGAAAGAAUGCUUCUGGCACAAACCUCGGCACAACUUUGAUCAGUUUGGCAAAGAUAUUAUCUAUGCCAUCGAACAGUUAGCUGGUUUCAUCAUAGGAAAUAAAAUCAAAGAAAUAGCUAUCCCUCACCUGUGCGCAGGUUUAGAUCAGAUGAAUUGGCUUUACGUUCGAGAUGUAAUUCACCACUUCCUCAAAGACGUGGAUGUAAAAGUCAAGGUGUACCAUCUACCAAGAGGGUACCCAAGGUCACCACGAACCCACCUUCACCCAUCACUUGCCAUCAGGGAGGGCUCCAGUUACUCCGAAAACGGACAGAUGAGCUACGAGGAACACUUUCCAGCUCUUCAAUCACCUACUGCUUGGUCCACACCAACUGGACGAAAAACUAGGCUCGAUCAGUCAACUAGAGAGGGCCCAAUGCUUUCCACAGCACCAACACCUCCUCCCCCAGGAACAACACCUUCACAGGACUCAAUUGUGACCUCCCGUUUAGAAAACAGUAACAAUGUUUCAGUUCUUAUCGCCAUCGAAGAAGAAGAGAAAGUGACAUGUGUGAACCAAAGUGGAACGACCUGCUUGUUGUGGGUGUUGGUGUCCUCGCUGCAGCUCAAGGGCUCGUCUGCGCAGGAGGACGAGGCCAACCCGGACUCCGAGGUCGAAGUCUUCCUGCCGUCCUUGGCCAAGAAACUGGCUCGUCGACGCUCCACCACGCGCAAGCAGCCCUCGGACUUGGAGGAGGCCAGCAGCACCGAGUUCCCCUCUCUGCAUGACUCACAACCCCCGAACCGCCCUCCCGACGCGAGUCACGCCGGACAAGUGGCUGUGGUCAACCUUGGGUUUGGGCAACAAGGCCAAAGACGCAGACAACAGCAGCAGAGGCGUCGCAAUAACCUUAAUAGAAACAAUAUAAACUCAAAUAAUAAUGCAGUGAACAGUUUGGUGCCACUCAACGGCACUCAAGUCCCUACACAACGAAAGAAUAAUCCAAAUAAUAAGCGAAAUAAACAAAGAAACCAGGUUGGCAUUUUGGUUGCGGCGCCACUGAACAAUCGGAACAGGCCAAGAUACCAAGUCAUCCGACCUGCAAGGCGUCAGCAGCAGAACAAGCGGCGCAAAAAUAAUCGCCGUCGGAAUCAAAACAAAAAUAAUAAUAAUAACAAUCUGGGUGUCUUCGGCGGUCAGCAAAACUCGGCAAAACUUCCCGUCGCUCAACCAGAGCAGAUGGAUCCGACUUAUACAUACAAUAUUAAUAAUCGCUACCCCAAUAACAAUCCAUACCCUAUUAACUAUAAUCCUGUCCAGGGCAGCAAUAAUAAUUAUCCCUCCCCUGGCAAUUAUUAUCCUCAGAACAGCAACCAACCUUAUCCUUACAGCAGAGGCAAUGACAUGCCAGUUAAUCCUAAUAACAACAUUAACAACUCCCCUGUUCAGCAAACAAAUUGGCCGCCACCGGCACCACCAGAUGUGCCGGUUCAACAAGCAACUUCUUCUUCACCGCCAAGUCCAGUUGAGACCACAACAAUAAAUAGCAUCAUUACAAAUAUUCAAACUGAAAGACAGUUUCCAGCUUACUAAAAAUGUUCAACGCUUAUGAAGUGCGUCAGAAAAAACGAACCUUGAAUAAAUGAUAAACUUUUAAUAUUAAAAUAUUGCACUUUUGGCUUCUCAAUAAAGCUCUGUAUUAUUUACGAUUGAACAAGCAGAUGGAAUUUAAAAAGCAACGCACAAAUGAAAUUAAAAUGCAACAUAAUUUGGAUAUUCAAAUACUUUUAAGGACAAAUAAUAGGAAUUUUCAAAAAUUUGGACUAUCGUAACGAGACCUCCAAUAAAUGAUAAACUAAAUAUAUUUAAAGAUUC